AUGGUGCUCAUGGAGAGCUACUUCUUUUGUGCCUCGGUGCGACUGGGUGUCCUGGUCACUUGCAUUGCGGCCAUCUUGAAAAACACUGUCUUCAUGUGGUUGAUAUUCGCCGACGGCACAAAUUUCAUUACCUUCUUUAUCAACAUAAUGGAAACUCACUAUAGAACCAGCACGAUUGUUAAGGAGUCCGCCACCUGGGCGGAGAAUUAUUCCAAGGAGCUCAUGAUGUUUAUUCAAAUCUACAGUUCUUGCCACAUUGCAACUUGCGUAUUGGCGGCUUAUGGCGCAUACAAGCUCAAGAAAUACAACGUGAUACCAUUGGCUAUCUUCGAGUUCAUUUACACAGUCCAAGUGGUCGUAGUCGUCAUUAUAACGCUUCGUAUUGCCCGACAUAUUGUGCCAUUGGCCACCUUAAUUUUGAUGACCAUUGGCCUUACAUUUUACGCAAUGCUAGUGACCUACGACACGUUGGCGUUGAUUGCCUUUGUGCAAAUAAUGUUUCUGGUGCGGAGCCAACGAUAUCAACGACUUUACGGCCCAGAUCCUCUGAACCCCGUAACAAACGGAGUGCAACUCACUGAAGUGAAAUUCAGUUAUCCGAUCUCACAACAACCAAUAAUUAUUUACGUAAUGCCCAAAGCGGGGCAAAAACUGUGGGAUGUGCCACAAUCGAAGUGGUGGCAGGAUGGAAAACCUGAUGCCAGCGUUCAACAAAACCAAGCUCACGAAGUGUCCUCUGAUUUUUUUCAGCGCCAGGAGCUUUUAUCAAAUGUUUUGCGACGAAAUGCCAUAAAAAAAGACUAUCUGCACAAAGAAAGUGUUGCGAUUUAG